GUCAGCUCGAUGAUCGCCUCGACAUCGAUCAGCUCAUAGUAUCCACAUAUCCCACAGGUCAGGGCUGCUUGAUAUGAGCACAAAUCCACUCCGGCAACCGCCGUUUUUCCCGGUCGCCAACGUCAACCCGGACGAUCCCAUCAGUGUCCAAAUCGAACAGAUUGAGCAGCUGAACACGCUUCUCCUACAAGAUAUCGACCACAAUUUCGCCAGGUUCCACGAUGUGGUCAACAACAAGAUCUUGCCCCAGGUGAAACGGUAUGGGAUCGUCAGCGAGCCUACGAGGGCGGCUUCCGAGUUCUGGAAAACGUUCUUCUACUCGGCAGCUUUCGGUCAGACGGCGCUCGAACCCCGACACCCUGACGACGCCGAUACCUCUCACGCACACGGAGGUCCUGGGUAUCGUCACGAAGAGUACGAGCAGACGUUGACGCUGGAUCAUACAGGGAUGGGGGAUCGCACGGCGGAAGAAGAUCGGGGCAACGAGGAGGACUUGUCCGGGUUGAUGACCCCUGACGAACAUUCGUUCUUGUACGGGAACCCUAUCGCCUCGACACCGUUACCGAGACAUCACUUGCAACAUCUCGAAGGACACCCUGAGCAGUUAUCUCACGGCCAAGGACAAGGGAAUACGCACGGACGAAGUGCACACGCGCAUAUGAAUCAACCCUGGGCGGAGGGGAUGAGCAGUAUGGAAAGCCCGACGCCGUAUGCGAGCCUGGAGAGGAAGAUGAAAGAGGUCUUGGAGGAUGACGAUGGGAUGAGCAGUACGGCCGGGUCGUUCUUGCCCGAGGAGAUCGGAUUGGAUACUCCGAAACCCAGCGGUUCAGCUUCGGGCUCGAGGUCGGGUGGGUACGAACCGUAUCAGACGCCAGAAGGGUUGGAUGAAGAACCCUCAGUCUUGAUAAGUCGGUCGGAUCAGUCGAGCUCGUACCACCCUCCCGGUGAACCCAGCUCGGCACACAAAGCUUCGGCGAGCAGGGACUUGCCAGACCUGCCCCGGUUCAAACCGAAAAUGCCAUCGCACUUCCAGUCCCCCAAAGCGCACAUGAACCCGUUCUCGCCCGUCAAGCCUGGGAACAAGUCGGGCACGGCGGCGUGGGAUGGAAUUGCGGAUUUGAGGAACACGCCGUUGAACCCCAAGAUCAGGCCGUUGUCUUUCAACCACAACAGCAAUGGCAAUGGCAACGGUGCCAACAAGAAUCAGACCAAAAACGAUCGCACGCCCAGAAGAGCCCCAACGGCCCAACAAGCAGGAGGAGACGAUUCGUUCGCCUCGGACUCGGACGAAGAGCCGCAGUUCGGGCUCGCUCAUGGAGGUACACCGCCGGUGACGAUGAAUUUCGGCUUGCCAGAUCGGACGAUCGUCAGCAAGACCCCUGCCAAAGAGGCCGCCAAGGCUGUGAUCAGGAACUUGAUGAUGGAUGACGAGGGGAUGGAUAGUCCGGGGAUGCCGACGCCGCCAGCGUUUUCCAGGUUCGGAGGAGGUGGUGGACCCGGUGGUGGACCCGGUGGUGGACCCGGGUCGUCCUCGAUGUCCAUGUCGUCCUCGGCUGGGAAGGGGUUCUCGAUGUCCCCCUCGAGAAAUGCGGGUGUGCGGGGCAAAGGAGGUUUGUUCUCCCGCGACCAGAGGGGGGAUGAGACGAUUAGGGACACGAUGGGGAGGAUGGAACUGGACGAUUCUCCCUUGAUGAACAUGACCGAGCCUCUUCCUCCAUCAGACCUGGAUCAAGGCCAGGAUCCGGACGUCUCGACGGUCGGGAUGCCGAAACAUCGGCGGUCGACGGUCCCGCAAUUGGACUUUUUGGAUGAAUCGUUUGAUGAUUCGUUGGAUGAGAUGCCUCCUCCGGCGCUUCCUCAGGGGUACGUCACGGAGAGUUACGGCGAUGCUCAUCAAGGGCAACAUCCUCAGCACGGAAGGGAUGUCGGGCAGGAUUCGCUGGCGGGCGAGAUGGAGGAGGAAGAAGGGGCAGUGGGCGAGUUUACGAUCACCGAACAGCAGCAGACACGAGGGGGUGGACAAGAUGGGACGACGAGAUCAGAGGCGGGAGAGGUCUUUGGUGGCCCUGGGAGGACAGGUUUGGGAGCUGGAGGGUUCGCCCUGUUCGGGCCGGACGAGAUGCAGACGUUUCACGGAGGGCAACUGUUGGACGCCGCGGCCAGUCCACAAGAUUCGCCGAGCUAUGCUUUGGGAGCCAAGAUGGCACACAAGCGGGGUUGAGCGGGGCUGUCAGGAUUGGCUCCCAAAGUCCUUCUCUCCUCCUCUUCAUACUAUAUUCGAUUUCUGCCCAUUUAUUAGUAGCUUAUCUAUGUCGCUGGAUCUGUCGGAAGAGACUACCUCAGUCGUGUAGAUGCAUGGUUACAUGGAUACCCCAUGCAUGUCA